ACACGGCUGGAGACAGGGAGCAUGGGCCUUGUCAUGAUGGGGUCCCUCCUCCCAGAAGCCUCUCCGCUCUCCACGCUCAUCGUCCUCUUCCUCACAGUCACGCUGCUUUCGCUGUGCGCCCACUGCCGCAGACGGUCAGCUAAUCGCCAGCGCAACACGGAGAAAAGCAGCUCCGCACUUCAGAUUAUGCCAGAUGAACACAUGGAAGGCAGAGAGAACCCUAGUAACGUCACUUUAACAAUGGACGAAAUAGUUAUCCAACCCACAAAAAACAAUGGCAUCUCUACAGAAAUUGGAGGUUUUCCACCAUGGAGGAGCCACAGCAGAAUACUGGAUCUUCAAGAUGAAACACAGAGUAGCAUUCUGGAUGUGAAAAGCCCUAAUUCUGGAGACAAAUCCACAGAUAUAACAACAGGGGGCAUCUUGGUGCAAAGUAUUCCAGUUGACCAAGCUGCCAAGAUCCAACAGGCCCAAGCACUAGUGGUAACCCCAGCUGGGGAGACGGAGUUGGCUCUGCAGUCUGACCCCGCUGUGUUGGUCCCCAGCCAAUCACACUGCCCCAAUGGAAUAUCUCAGCCGAGCCAUUUCAGAUACACCCCUAGGGACUCAAACAGUCAAAAUCAGCACAUCUAUGAGGAGCUGGCAGAAGACAAAAAAUUCCCUCAUGUGCCUUCAAACUCCAUCAAGACCCUGAUAGUGGAGGAGCAGGAAGACCCGACAUACAACACGAUAGAGGAGCUGGAGCUGCCUGACAACCGCAAUGCCGGCCAGAAUUCAGAGCGCGAGAACAGCGCCCACGUCCUGACUCUGCCCACUCUGAUGGAGAGCUCCGCCUUUGCCCUUGGUGACCACCCAAACAUGCUCUAUGCACGGGUGAGCAAAAAGAACAAAAGUAUAGCACCACCCCCCUUUCCACCACCUCCACCACCAGACAUCAUGGAUGAUGGAGAGGAAGAUCCUACACCCCCCCUGCCAGAGAGGAAUCUUACUCUAGAAGAUUACCAGUCCAUAAAAGAUACAGGAAACUAAAAACAACCAAAUAAGCAACUUAUUUUUCUGCUGCACAAUGUUUACUUUGCACGAUUAAAAAUUAGCUGUUCUUUUGAGUCUGCUCAAAUCACAGCAUUAUAGUUUAGGUGUAAGUUUGGAACUUUUAUUUCUUUUUUUAACUAUAACGUAGCACAGAUUGAUUUUGAUGUUGCAAAAUGUACUAAUGUAGGUGCAGGACAUCAAUCCCAUCUCCAACUGCAUAUCCUAGAUGGGGUCAGAGGGUCCUAGACGGGGCCUGGAUCAUAUCCCAGACAGCACAAGGCAGGGUGACACACCAGUCCAUUACACAUUACAGGCAGUUUAGUGAACACAAUGUCCCUAUGUUUGGCUGUACCAAGGAAACCCACGCAUCACCAGAACAUGCAAGGUCCACAGAUACAGCAGGAUUCAAGCCACUGACUGGUUGCAUGUGGUAACAGUGUUAUUCACUGAUCCACCCUUAUGUGAAAAAGAGAGAUAAUUAUAUAUUUAUUUCUGUUAUAAAUGCAACAGGGCUCUAUUUCAUGUUAAAUGUUGUCCUGUACUUGAUUUACAACCUAUGCAGUAUGAUUCAAAUGAUGAAUUACAUUGUUAUUAACUACCUUAAUUUUAAACGUAGGUCAAUAUUGCAAAGGAAAUUUCUUUAGGGUUUUGUUUAUCAGCAUGUCAGCUGUAUCAAUGUCAUGUCCUGAAUAGCUUAUUUUUACAAUAUUAUUAGCAUGAAAUGCAUUACUAAAAAUGUAGUGUACAUUCUUAACACUCCACAUAUAAACUCUUGUAUACUGUCAUUUUCAUUGCUAAACUUAAAAUAAUUGGCUAUCAUUUUUAGUUUGAAGAUGUGCCUAAAAGAAGAAAACAUUCUGUAAUACAGAAAAAGUUUCUGAGCAUUGUAUGUGUUUAGAUACGGUUCCUAAACUAUUAUAAAGCUAUGAAGAAAAAGA